AUGUCCAAUGAAAAUGCUCCAUUUCCGGUCCUCUCAAACGACAAUCGUGAGACACUUAUUUAUCACUCUCGUCUCCGUGGCCGUUCAGAUCCCUUCAUUAUCUUCGUCGCGGCCAAACUACGGUCCGCCAUAUACUUCAAGCAGGGACGGCCGGUGGUCAAUACUCCCAUCUGGGUAGCUCUGUUCAUCUACGCCGCCCAACUUUUCCUAAUCAUAGUUCUAUCACUAUCAAAACUAUCAACCACCCUUCUACUCUGGACCCUAACCCUCAACAAAGUUAUCCGCCAGACCUGCACCAUAACCAUCGCAUUCACAUCCACCUGGACCACAUUCGCCCUCGGCCUCGCCUUCCGAUGCAGACUACCCGAACCCUGGCUCUAUACCCCAGACAGAUGCGCCGGCACAAUUAUCUACCCAAUGUCAGCCCUCCACAUCCUCACCGAGGUGAUCAUCCUCGUAAUCACCUUCUUCAUGACGUGCCACGUCCAAAUGCGACUAGGAAAACGAGUCAAAAUCCUCUGUUUCUUCUCAACUCGAAUCACGCACAAAACGGUGUUCAUCGCCCUCGCAAUCGCCCAACUAGCUCUUCUCCCCCCAUUCCUCAACUCCCCAGACACUCCAUGGACAACGGUCACCUCAGUAAUCUUCUCCCAAGCCAUGAUGUACAUAUCUGUCACCAUCGUCUGCCUCCCAACCAUCUGCCACAUCUCCGCCGGCUUCCACUCAGACCUCCUCACCACCCGCCUCCCAGAUGAGAUACAGCUGAGGUCUCCGAAACGCAGCGUGUACGAUAGCGGGCGGAGGGCCAAGAGUAGUUUUUAUUCCGAUCCUGCGCGCUUCAGUAAUAUGGCUCCGUCGGUAAGGACGGAUAUAUCGUCGUGGCGGAAGAAUGGGGAUGGGAAUGGGAUUAGGCGGUCGAGUGCUAGUACGGAAAGUAUGAGGCAUUUGACUCGUGUGAAAACGCAUGAGGGGGGGGGUGUGAUGAAGACGGUGGAUAUUACGGUUUGGGUGUAG